AUGACAAAAGAUAUUGAAAAUCAAAGUUCUUCACUGUCCAAGUUUGAGAGCAUAUUACCAGAUUUGUUUACAGUAUAUGAACAUACAAAUAAAGAUGUUUUAACCAAUGAGAUACUUCCAGUGGACUUUUACCAGGAAAACCCUAUGAAAAUAGUGUCAUCAUUGCAAUCACACACAACAACGGAUGUCACCAGUAUUAAAAAUAAGUAUAAAAACGGACAGUAUUCUACACCAUACCAAUUAUUCCAUGAUAUUAAGGCUGUUGCAUCCAUUUUGUUGAACAAAGAAGAAAAUGGAUCUUUACAAUAUAAAGAGUUAGAUUUUUUCUACAAAUUUUCUACAGAAUUGUUAUUACGUGAAGUUGGUAAUUUGAUCAAAUUCAACAAUGAAACCGGCGAGAUUAAAACUGAAUUGGAAACACAAUUAGAUGAAGAUUUUACCAAGAUAAUCACCAACUAUAAUAUUUCCAAUGGGGAAGUCAUUACCUAUAUUUCAACCACCGAAGAACCAGAACCUCAAUCUUCCAGCGUGCUCUAUCAACAUCAUCAACAUAAGGAAGAACCAACGAAAAAGACCCAACCAUUGUUCUCUUCUGUAAUUUCUAAAUCAGAGUUGGAUAAUAGAGCAUCGAUUGUUCCUUCACCUUACGGACUUGCCCAAGUUGUUCCUAGUAUUAAAGAUUCACUGUCCGAAAAUACAUUGGAGACCUUAUCGCCUAUUGCCAAUAGAAUUCCCUCACCAUUGGACCAACCAACCAAUAUUUUACACGACUUUUUCCACCCCACUUGGUAUACUAUUUCGGUGCCAGCUUGGUUAACUUACACCUCACAGACUAUAAAACCAGCAAACCUUAAUACCAAUCAAGAACUGGAGGAUGGAGUCGGUGCCUCAACCAAGACAAAGCUUUCAAUUUUGAAGAAUAGAGAUAACGAUUAUUCAACGAAACCAACCAAUAUUUGGGGCCCAGGAAACUACUAUCGAUCAUUUGCACCAUCACGUAACCUGUCUGGGUCCAUUGUGGGAAACAAAUUGAAAGCUAAUGUUUGGUUGCAACAUAUUGGUAUGACAGAGAUUGCUGAACUCAAAGAAAGUUUUGUUGAAAAUAAAAAUGAAACGAAUCCUUUGGAUAAUGAUACAGUAGUGGGUAAAGAGGAUGCAGGUGAAGGUAAAUCUAGUAAAGAAAACGGGGCUGAACCUACCAAUGGACAUCAAGCCAGUGAAAAAACUCAACAACCGUCAUCUCGUCAAGCCAUAAAUAUCGCCAAUAUUAUCAAGUGGGAUCCAACAAAAGUCGAAGAGUUGAACUAUUUGAAAGAGCAUAAACAAGAUUUGGUCAAUCCUCAAAAACUUCAAAAAAUGAUCUCCAUAUCAUUAUUGAAAUUGAAUAAGCUACGUCAACAAAGAUAUUCACGAAGUGAUGUACGAAACCCAUUGGCUCCUCAACAUGAAGAAAAUAUUUUGUACAAUAGAGUGGUCAAACUAAUUUCUAUAGCUAUUCAGUUGUUCAACGUAAACCCAGGAUGUUUUUCAUACCAAUUUAGUAAAAAUAUCCCGGUGUUAGUAUCUGAAUUCAGUGGUACAUUACCAGGAAUCCCUCCAACCAAGGCAAUUGUCAAUAACGGUACCACUGCUACCACUAAACUGAACCGGUUGCCUAAUCUCAAGGGUCCAUCAGCAUAUAGAAAAAGACCAACAAGAUUUGCUUGA